AUGGACGGGACACUGCUCAGCGUCGAUGACAUCUCCAAGCACAACACGCCCGAGGAUUGCUGGAUCGUGGUCGAUGGAAAGGUCUGGGACAUGACCGAGUUCGCCCCAAAUCAUCCAGGAGCUCCACACGUCAUCUGGCAACACGCCGGCCGCGACGCGUCAACCUCGUACAACGCCAUUCACGCGCCUUCCUUGCUCGUCAAAAACCUCCCACCUUCCAAAUUGAAAGGAAUCGUCGACAAGGCAACCAUCACCGCUGAAUGGCAGCGUCCGCCUCCCCAGAGCACACCCGACCUCCAACGGAACGWGAAGCCUCCGCUCUCUUCCGUCAUCAACGCCAAGGAUUUCGAGGACAUUGCUCAACGUACCGUCAGCAAAAAGACAUGGGCCUUUUACUCCUCGGCAGAUACGGACUGUCUCACUCGCGAACGUAACAAGGAGUACUUUGGCCGCAUAUGGUUUCGUCCACGCCUGCUACGAGAUGUGCGGAACGUCUCCACUUCGACCAAGAUCUUGGAUCAUGAUGCAGACCUGCCUAUUUUCGUGGCGCCGACGUCCAUGGUGAAGAUGAUGACACCAGAUGGCGAAAAGGCCAUUGCGAGAGGGUGUGUGUCGGCGAGGGUGCCGCAAGGAAUUUCCACCGAAGCGAGCUACCCUGUCGAAGAGAUUGUCGAGUCCGUUUCCCCAACCCGACACCCUUUCUUCUUCCAGCUUUAUGUACACAAAGAUCGCCAAAAGUCAGAGGAGCUCUUGAAGCACGUCCGCUCACUGGGAAUCGAUACGCUCCUGGUGACUGUAGACGGUCCAGUGCCAGGUAAGCGGGAGGCGGAUGAGAGAGUCAGUGUGGACCACAGUAUGAGCAAUCCUAUGUCUGGUAAGACAGUUUCAAACGACAGUCGUGGAGGCGGCAUUGGGCGGCUGUUGAGUGGUUACAUCGCAUCUGACUUUACGUGGAACGAGUUCACCUGGCUGCGGCAGCAUUGGGAUGGCAAAAUUGUCUGCAAAGGCAUCCAAAGCUGGCAAGACGCCAAAAUGUGCGCAGAUGCUGGGCUUGAUGGCGUUCUGCUGUCAAAUCAUGGCGGGAGAAACUUGGACACAUCUCCUCCCAGUAUCAUGACCCUGCUCGAAUGCCWGAUGAACUGUCCUUCCAUUUUCUCUCAGCUGGAGGUGCUCGUGGACUCGGGCAUCCGUCGUGGCGCCGAUGUUCUCAAGUGUCUGUGUUUAGGGGCCACUGCAGUCGGGCUUGGGAGACCGUUCCUCUUCGCAGCAAAUUAUGGUCACGAAGGCGUGGAACAUCUCAUUGAGAUCAUCAAGACAGAGCUUGAGACUGCCAUGGCUUUGGUAGGUAUCACUGAUCUCAAGCAAUGUGAGCCUGGCUUAGUCAGUACAUUGGACUUGGACCAUCUGGUCUCCAGAGGAGAAGGUCAUCCCUAUGCCAUCGGUAGGAGAAUGGAUUCUUUUCGGUCAAGACUGUAG